AUGCAUCAGGCGGACGCCUGCGAAGGCGAGUUGGCCGGCAGCAUUCUGCUGGAUGACGACGGCGGGCCCGGUCGGGAUCUUCCAGGCCUUCGACACCCGCUCUUUGACUCCGCUCUGGGUGCGCCUGACUUCUUCUCGCCCUUGGCAGAAAGCCGUGGCCGCCCCGCACACCAAAGGCUGCAGAUCAGCACUGAUCGGACGCCCAUACGCACGCCGUCUCCAGUGACUCCUUCGCCGGCAUACCAGUUGGGUGGGUUGAAGGGCUUUGGGGAUGACCGUGGGUUUCCGGCCUCUUCAGCCUCCCAACGUCCACCCGAAGGUGGUGGGCCCAGUGGUGCUGGUGGGCCUGGAGGUCCUGCAGGCCCUAGUGGCUGGGGCGCAAGUUUUUCUUCAUUCCAACGCUCCGCACCACCAGUAUGGCAAGGCCAAACUCAGGCCGCCCCUGCCUAUUACAACAUGGUAGUUGGCCAUCCUCAAACCUCGUCGCCCUCCAGUGUUCCAAAGUCAGAACCCAGAUCUGUGCCUGGCUUGCCGAUGGAUGCCAAUGUCUUGUCGGUGAUGAUGGCCUUGCAAAACCAAGGCCCAGGUCAAAACUCCUUCCAAUCCGUGCCCGCCCCCAACCCCCCACCAGUCUCCCAAACCCCUCCCAAGCCGGAGAGGGAAGCCAAGGAGAGCCUUUUGAGCCCCAGCCAGGCCCUGCCUCCAGGGCCACAGCCACCGCGAGACAGACCUGAGCAGAAGAAGGGGAAAUCCAGAAAGGAGAAGGAUGAAAACAAGUCAAAGCAAGCGCCCCAACCUCAACAGCAUGAACCGGGCGCUAUCGCGCCGGGUUCCGCCAGCCUGAGCAGAGGAUCAGAGAAGGGUGGAGGUGGUGGACGACCGAACCUCUGGCAAGUCAAGGCCACAGAUGAGCAGCCCUCUCAUCGAGCAUUUGAAGGAUUGGCUUCGGUGUGGCUUCCGGUUCGGGUGGCUGGAGACCCCGAGUCAGUGGUGAAGCGGGCGCGAGAGAGGGUGGUGGACCUCGCAGAGCUGGCGGCGCAUAUCAGUGAGAUUGCGCAGGACCAAUUUGGUUCCAGGCUGAUCCAGCAAAAGUUGGAGGUGGCCAGUGAAGUACAGAAGCAACAAGCCUUCAAGCAAGUUCUUCAAAAGAUGAGCCAACUCACCACUGACGUCUUCGGCAACUAUGUCAUCCAGAAAUUCUUCGAGUACGGCAAUGCGGAGCAGCGGAGGAUCUUGGCAGAGCAACUGGUCGGACAGGUGCUGAAGCUGAGCUUGCAGAUGUAUGGGUGCCGGGUCGUGCAGAAGGCUCUUGACUCGGUGCCGAUUGAGCAGCAGGUGCUCUUGAUUGGUGAGUUGAAAGGACACGUCUUCAAGUGCAUUGAAGACCAGCAUGGGAACCAUGUCAUCCAGAAGUGCAUCGAGCGCCUCCCGACGGAUCGGAUCGGUUUCAUCGUGGACUCCUUCUUGGGCCAGGCGGCACGCAUGGCCAAGCACUGCUAUGGCUGCCGGGUGAUUCAGCGGCUGAUCGAGUACUGUGCCUCCGUGCAGAUCUCGGCGUUGCUGGACGAGGUGCUGCACUGCUGCAUGGAGCUGGCCACGGACCAGUAUGGGAACUAUGUGGUGCAACACGUCAUGGAGCACAGCAGUCGCCCGGGUGAUCGUCAACACGUGAUGAACAUCAUCCGAAAGAACAUUUUGUCCCUCUCGUGCCACAAAUAUGCCAGCAAUGUCAUUGAGAAGGCGCUCCAGUGCGCGACUCCAGACGAGAGAGCGCUCUUGGUGGAGGCCAUUUGUGGACAACCCAAUGAUCCACACCCGCCCCUGCUUGUCAUGAUGCGAGACAGGUUCGGGAACUACAUUGUGCAGCGCGUGAUUGCGUUGGCCCAGCUUCCGCAGCGGGACAUGCUCUUUGCCAAGUUGCGGGAGCACAUGCCCGUCUUGAAGAAGUCCAACACGUAUGGUAAGCACAUCAUCUCAGCGAUGGAGCGGGCACAAGCUGGGGUGAAGGAUUGA